GCCGUCCUCGGCGCGUCCUCGGCGCCGGGCGGCAGUGACCGAGGGGGGCGCGCAGGGUCGCGGCGGCGCGGCAGUCGAGCUUGAGAGGGUCUGGGGACAGCAGUGCUCCCAGUCUGAGGGGCGGCGGCGCGGCGGCGGCGGCGGCGGCACCCGCGGCCCCUGAGCGAAUUGAGGACGAGGCCGCGAGGCGACGGCGCGGCGGGGCCCCCUCCAGCGGCCGCGCCCGGAGUAAGGCAAAAGAGAAUGAAAGAAGUAGAUAAUCUUGAAAGUAUAAAGGAAGAAUGGGUUUGUGAAACAGGAUCUGACCACCAACCUCUUAGUGAUAAUCAGCAAACAAAUUGUGAAUAUUUUGUUGACAGCCUUUUUGAGGAAGCUCAGAAGGUUGGUGCCAAAUGUUUGUCUCCCACUGAACAAAAGAAACAGGCAGAUAUAAGUAUAAAAUUAUGGAAAAAUGGAUUCACAGUCAAUGAUGAUUUCAGAAGUUAUUCUGAUGGUGCAAGUCAGCAGUUUCUGAACUCCAUCAAAAAAGGGGAAUUACCUUUAGAAUUACAGGGAGUUUUUGAUAAAGAGGAGGUUGAUGUUAAAGUUGAAGAUAAGAAAAAUGAAGUAUGUAUGUCAACGAAGCCUGUGUUCCAGCCCUUCUCAGGACAGGGUCACAGACUGGGAAGUGCUACACCAAAAAUUGUUUCUAAAGCGAAGACUAUUGAAGUUGAGAAUAAAAAUAAGUUGUCUACUGUCCCACUAAACAGUCUGGAACCCAUCACUAAUAUACAGAUCUGGUUAGCCAAUGGGAAAAGGAUUGUCCAGAAAUUUAACAUUUCUCAUAGGGUAAGCCACAUCAAAGACUUCAUCGAAAAAUACCAAGGAUCUCAAAGAAGUCCUCCCUUUUCCCUGGCAACAGCUCUGCCUUUCCUCACAUUGCUAGAUGAAACACUCACACUGGAAGAAGCCAAUUUACAGAAUGCUGUAAUCAUUCAGAGACUCAAAAAAACCGCUGAACCUUUUAAAGAACUUUCAUAACAUUGAUUUUUGAUACACUAAGUGGAAAGUUUCCAGAAAAAUGAUGGUCAUAAGUGGACAUGCACACCAAAAUGGGGGGGAAGUCAGAUUUGCUGGGCUUUGCACUAUUUAACUCCCUUCUGGUGAGAAGAUUUUAAAAUAAGUACAAGUAAGGAAAAUAAACUAUGACUGGAAACUAUAUUCAAUGAACUUUUCCCAGAAGGCUACUCAGAAAGAAAAAUAGACUUAUUUUCAAAUACCAGUUAUUUAACGUAAGAUAUAUUAAAUAACUAUAUCAUUUAAAAUCUUAAUACGGUAUAAAUUAGCAAAUAUGUUCAUAGCAUCUUUCAUUCAAACAUCAUUCCCAAACAGCAGUGGUUUGUUUAAAUGUUAGCUGUCUCAGAUUUUUUUAAAUAGCAAUACAUUAAAAAAUUAUACAUGGCAGGUUAAAAACAUCAAUGCAAUUUUUUUGUAUCUGAAAUACAAUCAAAAGGCUGGAAGGAACUGCUUUCACCACAGCUAUGCCUAAACCUCAGAAGUGUUCCCAAUUUGCAUUGUCUAAUGGCAAGAUACACUCAAAUAUUAACUUGGCAACAGUAUCUGGGAUGUAUUUUCAUUUAAGAGUAAAAUUGUGUAGUUUAGUAUAAUGUCAGUAUCAAUCUGCUGACAUACAUUUCAACAUUUUCGAAACGUAUAAAUUUAAAAGAAUUCUUUUUUCUUUAGGAACCGCAGUUUAUCCCCUACUUUAUUUUCUUUCAAAAAUUAGGGGUUCUUAGUUAACAUUUGGAGUGGGCCAUUUGUUUGCCACCACUCACGUAGAAUCUAAUGCUAGUGUUGUCACGUUACUAAUUGACAUUUUUUAAAUGCGUCGUGUAAAGUAUGGUUUUCUAUUUCAUACAUCACACAGCCCAUUUAUAUAUUAAAGGAUUAUUUAUUACAUUCUGAUGUCACUAAGGAAAACAUGCUAGAUUUUUAACUAAAACUGGUUACACUUCAGUAUUUCCCUGUCAGAUUAAAUCCCCUUGCCUGACAAUAAGUUUAAGAAGCUUUUUGCAGACGAUCUAUUGAAUCAUAUUUAAAGUGAAAUAUACAUUGAAUGUGCCAAGGAACUAAGUGGCCAUGCCUAACAGCAGUAAUGUUCAUAGGGUGCUGGAUGUCUGCUGGAAAGAGCAGUUCUCAAACUUUUUGGUCUCAAGACCUUUUGUUUAUGUGGGUUAUAAAUACUAAUAUCAUAUUUAAAAUAAAAAGUUAUAAAAUAUUCAUUAAAAAUAAUAAACGUGUUAAUAUAAAGAACAUAUUUAUGAAAAAUGUCUAUUUUCCAAAAUUUAAAAAGAUUUAGUGAGAAACGUGGCAUUGUAUUUCAUUUUUUGUAAAUAUCUUUACUGUCUGAUUUAAAGAAGACAGAUGGAAUCUCAUCUGCUUCUAUAUGUCUGUUGCAGUAUCACACAUGUAGCCUAUAGUAAAUGCUACUGUACAUUCAUGAGAAAGUGAAAAAAAGCAAAUAACAUCUUAGUAUAAUUAUGAAAAUAGUUUUGACCUUGCAGAACCCUUGAAAGAGCUAAUCUUAUAAAGCAGUGAUUUGCAGUGAUUCUCAAGCCUUAAUAUGGAAGAAUCACUUGGGAAGCUUUUCAGAAUGCCUAUUACCUGCCACCUACCACACACAUUUUAACGAUUCGUUGUAUUUGGGAUGGGUUCCAGAUGUCUACAUUUUUAAUCUCAAGUAAUUCUUAGGUAUGUAGUAGGAGAACCAGUCUUGAGGAAAUCCUGCACUAAGCUUCCACCCUAAUAAAAUAAAACCUGCGUGCUGCACCAUGGACAGUGCAAGACUCAACUGAAAUCGGACUGUUAGACCUUUAAAUUUUAUUGUAUCCCACCAGUUUGUUCUUAGACUGUCCUCCCACCCUUUAAUUCUGAACUAAUCAUAAGAUAAACCUGUGCUUUAUCUUCUGUAAGCACAGCUGAGACAAGGCUGCAACAUUUAAAUGAGGUUUUUAUUAAAGGCUCAGGGAUAACAAAAGGGAAAUAUACACAUAACUAGAUGACCUGAUUUAUAAGAUAUAUCUUAUGUUUGAAGUUCAUUUUAAGAAUGCUUCCUUUUCUGGCUCUCAGCCUUCUAGGUGGUAGAGGUCUUUUUAUCAGUAGGAGAGGGAGAACAAAGGAGAGCCUUUUCCUUUUGUCAUUUACCCUCAGAAAUGAACAGGUAUAUAAUAGAAAAUAUUUAUUGUCUGUAACGUUUACGGCUGUGGUAGAGCCGUCUCUUUAGUAAAACAAAAAUAAUGGCAUUCUUAAAAAAGUGAGGGGAUGGUAAAAUCAGAUAUAACGUUAAGUCAUUGUUAAUAUAUUUUCAAGAAUCUGUAAGAAAAUGUUUCAUAUAGGCCUAUCAUGAAGCAUUUUAUAAUUUUCAUUUGCAUAAAUAUAAGUCAAUUUUUGAUUCUCCAUAUAUUUCUAUAAAGGGACUUCUUGUUGGAAAUAUUUUUCUUGUACAUAUAAAAAGGCCUCCUUUGUGGAUUUUCCAGUUUAUAGUAAUUAUUAACCAGAAGACACAUUAGAGGUUUUCUUGUGUGUACAUGCAGAAUACACCCCAGUGAGAAGUUCUGUAGAGAAAGACCUGUCAUCAGCAAGAACCCUCAUUUUUGUAACUGUGAAAACUCUAAUUAAUGUGGAUGAUAUUCUUAAAGGUUUUCUAAAGUGAGAACCAUCUGAUAAAGCUUUUUACAUUAAAGUUAAAAAUUCUAAAGUUGUUAAUUAAAUAUGUAGAAUACCCAAAACAUAUUGACUUUAGAAAACAAACUGAAUUUAGCAAGGGAAGGCAAACUUGAAAAUAAAGCCAGCAUCUUAGAUGUGGAAUACAAUUUGACCUAAGUAGUUGUUGCAAAAGUGUCAUCAAUCAGUUUAAAACCAUUGUUGGGGGUAAUAUGCAGAAGUACAUAUCUAAUUUUACAGAUUCUAAUUUAUUGGUUAAAUUACUAUGCAUUAUCCAGGUUAUAAAGGUGAUCUUAUUUAUUUUAUAUACUUCUGUCAUU